AUGUCUACUCCCGGCAACCAUCUCAACGAGAUCAACUUCACCGAAACCCUCGAGCCGAAGUGGUAUAAUGCUUUCUCCGGCGUUGACCCCAGCGUCUUCAACAAGACUUACGCGCAAGGCAGGAAGCACAGGGCCUGGACUAUCUCACUUCAGAGAUAUCAAGAUUUCCAGAUGGAGUUGGUGUGCGGCCUUCGUUGUAAACGACUGGCGACCUCCGAAAAUUUCCAGUUCAUCUCAGUUUCACCCGACGUCGGCCUCAAAUUUUCCAUAAGAGGAGGAAGCGACAUUCCUCAUUUCAGGCUGGACAUGACCCUGAAGAAGAUAGCAACUGACCCGCCUUGCGACCUUGUCAUGUCUGCCAUCUGGACUGCCUUUGGGGAGCAGGGCUUCAAGGGUAAUCGACAGCCAACGGCGUCUCCAGUUCAAAACACAGCUUAUACAUUUUCUAGCCGCUUGCAAAAUGUAAAGCUAUCUGAAUGCAUUCUCAAUAAAGCCACAGCGACAUACUGUAAUGGGCUUGAAGGCGAAAAAGGUUACUUUAUCGAGUGGACUCAUUCUACUGCGCCCUACAUCAUCGGGUUCGACAUUCCGAAAGCCACCAUAGAUGCGUUCUCUAAAAGUCAAAAAGCCGCACACUAUACCUUUGAUCGGUUUCGAAAUGCAGGCAUGGAGGUUCAUAUUGUGACGAGGGUGCGCCAGGAUUUAUUCGACUACUGGAGACAUGUCACAUCAAUGCCUGAUCCAACACCUGGCUACUAUCCAAACUACGACUGCAGGUUCGUGGUUGAGCAAAGACGCUUCUCACCACUUAAUGUGCCACCGCCGCUAGAACAAUCCACGAUCAGGGAGCAAAACCAGUCUCGAAACCGAGGAUGGGUGAACAAUCCUCCUGGCUUUGCAAAACCAGAAGUAUUCAUCUCGGUUAAUGCUCCCCUUACCUUCAUCAAUGAGAGACAAUACGAAGUAUUCAAGGUCACGGGUCUGCUCCGUGAAGCAACCCAUCAGCAGGCUAAUUAUAGCAGACAUUUUAACAGAACUUAUUCGUUCGACCUAUGGCCAUCGGCGUUCAUUCAUUCUACAUUAGGUAAAGAGUUCAGCCAAUAUUUCUACGCACUCUUAGACCCAAGCGCCACACUGCGGCCCAUGGAUGCAGCCGCUGAACAGAGCCCAUCACUACCCACACCGGGAAUACAGGUCCGUGUGAAGGUGUCUGGGCUAGACACUCGCUGCGGAGGCUCUCAAAUUGUGAGGACCCGGACACCGUUCGCGCCCCCAAAUGAAUGGACCGGAGUAGUCAUCGAAACCCCUAAGUUUCCUGAUACAGCAAAAGUCCCAGAGAACGCGAUCUGCGUUCGCCUGAAAAGAUCGGAUCGUAUCCCUUCAACAGGGGAGAUUCUCCAUAUAACUGGCUCAGUGAUCUUCGGACAACCAAACCCGAUCUUUGUUCAGCUCAGAUCAGCCAUAAGAAUGGCAAUGUACGGAAACAAAGAUUUCGGAAUUCCAGGCAACAAUAAUAUCAAAACUUUAUUGUUAGCAAAGGACAACCACACAAUCCGUUUCCAUCCUAAUCAUGGAAAUCUUCCUACUGCAGCAAGGACGCUGCUCCAAAAACUAAAAGAGCUUGAUGUCGCAAAUACGGAACAGCGUGCUGCCAUCGAGUUGGCUCUCAAACCUAAUACGUCUUAUAGGGACUUCUUCUCCCUUGUCACGGGCCCUCCUGGCACAGGGAAAACUAAAGUGUCAAUGAUAGUGGCUGUUCACUGUUAUCGAGAGAAAAGGCCUGUUUUGGUUAUUUGUGGGUCCAACCACGGGCUGGACGUUCUCUUCCGACGCAUAAACGAAAAGCUGAAGGAGGGCUUGCCGAAAUCUGUACUGCGCGUGCCGGGCGUAUAUCGUCUUAAUACCGAAUUUGGAGAGGGUUCCGAUACCCAGAAUGCACCAGGAGUUGGACGCUUGACUUCCGUUCCUGUCCCUGAGUUCACCAGGGAAAUGGAGCAACUUAAACGAGUUGGAAUCAACGAAGAAGAGUUCAAAUUGAUUCAGAAAUCCAUUCAAACAUCCACCGCUUCUGAGUCAUCGUUAGGAUCUUACAUUCUAUCUCGCUUGCAACUUAUGGCCCAAAACCCAAAAGAAAUCCCGGAGAAGGAACUUGAAAUUCUGUACUCCUACACUGUAUACAGAAAAUUACUUUCGGACAGAGGGUAUCUAUACACAGAGCCUGUAGAGCUUGAGCCUGAAGAUGCCGACGAACUAGUUCGUAUACUGAUAUCUGCGGAGCGAGCUGCGUGGUUGCGGUUGCAAGAAUUAUACGUCUCACAAGCUAGAAUCAUAUUUUGCACUGCUUCGACGGCGAGCCGAAAGUCCCUCCGAGGCUUCAAACCUGCAAUCGUCAUAGUGGAUGAAGCUUCCCAGCUCACUGAGGCAACCUGUCUAAACGGGAUCGUCAAAUAUUACUCGUCAUUGGAGAAGGUGGUACUUAGUGGGGAUGCCGCACAACUCCCUCCAACUGUCACGUCGUUUAACCGUAACGAGUUUUACGAGUCGGAUAAACUAUCGCUCUUUGAGCGGUUAUUGAAGACAGGCGUUCCAGGUGUCGCAUUGAGAACGCAAUACCGCAUGCAUCCGGACAUCUCAGCCUUUGUGAACACUACAUUUUACAACGACAAACUUAUCGACGGGCCAAGGGUGGUUCGACCAGAUGCUAGUCUAUUCUCAGACCAUAUGCAGAAAACCUAUAAAACUUCUUCCGGGGCCUCAUUUUUCUUGUCUGUUUCGGGAUCCACAGUCUGGAAAAGGAAAAACGGGAGCUCCGUGUUCAACCCCGAGUAUAUCACCGCCAUUGCCGCCCUUGUAUCAGGCCUCGUGAAUGAUCAGAAGUGCCCGCAGGAAGAUAUCCUCAUUUUAACAUAUUACAGCGAAGAGUUGUACGUCCUCAAACGAUUCAUUAACCAAACGCUUCGCUUCAGUGGUAUCCUUAUUCAAAGCGUCGAUGCUUCGCAAGGCAACGAGAAUAGCAUAGUCAUCGUUUCGACGACGCGACCCGGAAGGGAUUAUGGAUUAGGAUUUGUUGCAGAUCUCCAGCGACAAUGUGUCGCGCUGAGCCGGGCAAAAAACGGGCUUGUGAUUGUUGGAAACAAGAUGAUGGUCAAGAGCAAUAAAAACUCAAAAGUUACCUGCGCAUGGGACGACUUGGUUAACCACCACCGAAAGUGCGGGAGGCUCAUUGAGGUCAACGGUAACAGAGCAGCACUUGUGGCGGAGCUAGAUAUCCCUAAUGCUGCAACUUACGCUACCUUUUCUCCCCAGGCGAACCUAGCUGCGUGUCUCUCAGCUCUCGACAACCGCGUUCUUCAUGGCCUCACCGUAGUGGUGGUGCCCCGAGACGAUAUGGGACCGAGCUGUCCAAUUUGUUCAAAGCCCGUCAAAGCGAGCAAGAUAAACGAACACAUCGACUCAGGAUGCGAGAAAUUCCUUGAUGUCUCUCAGAGCCAGUCUUCACCUGCCGAGGGCUCAUCACAACCCCAACCUAGCCCAUCCAGUGCCAUCCCUAACUUCUUCCAACCAACGAGUUCCAAGAAAGCAGCAGCCCAGAAGUCGACUGAACGGUCAAAUGGCGUAUCCAAUCUCCAGCCAUCCAAGGCCGGGACUGGGAAAAGGCCCUUCUCCCAGGAGGAGCCUGCUACUCCUACACUCGGAAGUGCUGCCCUAAGAGUCCCUGCAUCCCCAUCGCCUUUCAACAGCGGUAAUAAUGAUCAUUCCGCGAAGCGUCCCAAGCCUUUUAACGCAUUGCAAAAAUCAGCACCGCUGGCAGAGCGGAUGAGGCCACGGACCCUUGACGACGUAUACGGCCAAGAAUUAGUAGGCCCAAAUGGAGUACUGCGUGGCCUGAUUGAACGGGACCGGGUUCCUAGCAUGAUCCUCUGGGGCAGUGCAGGAACGGGCAAAACGACCGUUGCAAGAGUGAUAGCCAGCAUGGUGGGGAGUCGAUUUGUUGAAAUCAACAGUACGAGUACUGGUGUGGCUGAGUGCAAGAAGCUAUUUGCAGAGGCAAGGAAUGAGCUCAGCCUAACGGGGCGGAAGACGAUUAUAUUCUGUGAUGAGAUCCAUCGAUUUACCAAGGCUCAGCAAGACGUGUUCCUUGGGCCCGUGGAGAAUGGGCAGAUUACGCUGAUAGGCGCUACGACUGAGAAUCCGUCUUUCAAGGUCCAGAAUGCGCUCCUAUCACGGUGCCGAACGUUUACGUUGGCAAAGCUCACGGAAAGUGAUGUUUGUUCUAUACUCAACCGUGCUCUGAGUGUCGAAGGACCAAAUUACUCUCCAUCGGAAAUGGUUGACGAUGAACUUAUCCAAUACCUUGCGGCCUUUGCUGAUGGCGAUGCCCGAACGGCUCUCAACCUAUUAGAGCUAGCAAUGGACCUUUCCCAGAGAGAAGAUAUGACCAAAGAGGAGUUGAAGAAGUCUUUAACUCGAACGCUGGUGUAUGAUCGGGCAGGCGAUCAACACUACGACACGAUAUCUGCCUUUCACAAGUCCAUACGUGGAAGUGACCCCGAUGCAUCUCUUUACUAUCUUGCCCGGAUGAUUCAAUCGGGAGAGGACCCGCUAUACAUCGCGCGCCGCCUCAUAGUUGUUGCUUCCGAGGAUAUCGGACUGGCCGAUAACUCUAUGCUAUCACUAGCUACCGCUGCAUAUACUGCUGUCGAGAAGAUAGGCCUCCCAGAAGCAAGAAUAAACCUAGCCCAUGCCACUGUUGCCAUGGCCUUGGCUCCAAAAAGUACACGAGCUUACAGAGGUUUGGCAAAUGCAAUGGCUAGCUUGGAAGAGCCCGGGAUAGCAGGCUUACCGAUUCCUAUUCACUUGAGAAAUGCCCCUACGCGGCUUAUGAAGGAGAUCGGCUAUGGGAAGGAGUAUAAAUACAACCCUGACUACAAGGAUGGAAAAGUCGUGCAAGCAUACCUGCCUGACAAGCUCACCGGAAAGAGAUUUCUCGAAGACCUCGAUCUUGGGACUCGGAUAGACCCAGACCUAGAAUGA